UUUUUUCAGAUGAGUGAGUUCCGUAUAGGAGGUCUUCUGUUCACUUCCAAAUUCGACUCAGGCAACUUAGCUCACGUAGAAAAGGUUCAACAAAGUUCAAUCAACACCUUAUCGGGUGGAGACCACGAGUAUGUUUCAUCCAACCCAACCUCAUCUAACAACACAAACAACCCCGGUUCGAAUCCUACAGGGACCGCCGGAGAUCAGACGUCGCCAUUGCGUAAUGCGCCUCAGCAGCACCCAUCAGGCGGUGCAUUCUCGAGCACCGUGCCAGACCUGGAAGUGAACUGCUGGACCAGAAGGGACGCUGCUGGAACCGAGUUCGAAAAUGGAAAUAGGACCUGGUUCUACUUUGCAGUGAAGGGUGCGCCUUCGGGAAAGUAUGUGAAGAUGAACAUGAUGAAUCUGAACAGACAGUUCCGACUGUUCCAGCAGGGCAUGUGUCCAGUCUACAGAGUGCUGCCACAGAAGCCAAACUGGGACAGAAUCAGAGAGAAACCAACAUACAUGAACGUGGACGAGUAUGACUUCAUGAUCUCGUUCUGCCACCGAUUUGAGCACAAGAACAGCACAGUAGAGUUCGCCUUCUGCUUCCCCUUCUCCUACUCUGAGUACCAGAAGUGGAUGACCCAAUUGGACACACAGUUUGCACCCUGUCACGACAACCCACCAAUCACUACACGGGAGUCUACGCCGGAUGCCAUCUACUACCACAGAGAACUGGCCAUCAAGUCUCUGGAUGGAAACAGAGUUGAUCUGAUAACUAUCUCUAGUUAUGAUGGAAUCUGCGAGGAGAGAGAGCAUGAUGUUCCCUGUCUAUUUCCAGACACCAGUAUGAACAGUCCCAGGCCGUACAGAUUUAGACACAAAAAGGUGUUCUUCCUGUCCAGUCGUGUUCAUCCAGGUGAGACGCCUGCCAGCUUCGUGUUUAAUGGUUUCCUCAAGUUCAUCCUCAGACCAGAUGAUCCCCGUGCAAUAGCACUCCGACGCUUGUUCGUGUUCAAACUCAUGCCCAUGCUCAACCCAGACGGAGUUAUGAAUGGACACUACAGGACCGACUCACGGGGUGUGAACUUAAACCGAGUCUACUUGAACCCUGACUUGACUUACCAUUCGCCGAUCUACGCCGCCAGACAGAUCUUAUUCUACCACCAUGUGUUCAACGCAGUCGCCAAUCCCACAGAUUCCCGCGGGAGGCAUACGAGUGGAAGUGACAAGGAGAACGGAACAGGAAUGAUUCCCACAUCGGCAGGCAGUGGGGGCAGUAGUGGUAGCGGAGAUGGGAGAAAGUGUCCGUGUAUCGUGGGUAAAGGGAAAUCUGCUCUUUGCUGUCGUAGUGAUCCACCGAUUUCGAAGAUGGAUGAUCUCGAGUUCCUGUCCAGUAUCGGGAACAAAAGUAGUGGAAUAGCUUAUUACGUGGACUUACAUGGACAUGCUUCUAAGAGGGGAUGUUUCAUGUAUGGAAAUCAUAUGGAGAACAUGGCUGAUCACGUUGAGAAUCUACUGUACCCAAAACUCAUUUCUCUCAACUCUGCUCACUUCGACUUCGGAGCAUGCAACUUCACAGAGAAGAACAUGUACAUGAAAGACAAACGAGACGGUGCUUCGAAAGAAGGCGCAGGUCGAGUGGCCAUGUUUAAGAUACUCGGACUGACUCAUAGUUAUACACUGGAGUGCAAUUAUAAUACGGGCAGACAGACUAACUGUAUAGCGUCUGCGGCUAAUGAUGACGGGAGGGCAACUCCUCCGCCGCCAGUGGCAUUUCCGCCCAGAUAUGGAAUUUGUCAUUAUGAGGAUGUUGGCAAGGCAGUUGCAAUUGCGGCCCUGGAUAUGAUGGGAAUGAAUCCCUGGUCCAGGAUAGCGAUGAGUGAGUUUAUGAAUGUGCACGCGUGCAGACUGUGGGUGCACAGAUUUGUCCAGGGUCUCUACAAUGGACCUGGGGUCCCACGGAAGACCAACAUAAAAAACAGUGGACCUAAGCCCAUGGCACACAACUAUUUGUCUCACCUGGACAAGGAAGACGUGCAGAGUGGAGUGUCUUCCAUCCUCUCUCGCAACAGAUUCCCCCUCAGGAACAACAGACAGAUGCAAAGGGAAGCACAACUUCAGAACCAGACCACUGCAUCCAGCGUAUCUGUUGCUGACCCUGGAGUUGGAGGAGGGAGCAACUAUGUGUCGAGUAGUAAUGUGAAUUCUGGUAAUUCUUAUGCGACACGCGGCGCAAGUGCAGCUGGAGGAAAUACUUCAGGCACUACAGGGCCUCAGGUCUCUAAGAAUUUGGGACCGAUCAGAGAAAACAAGGCUUUCCAAAUGCGGAGACAGCGCCUUCUGCAAAUUACAAGAACAAAUCCACAAGGGGCAAAUGCAAACAACACUUCGAAUUCGGCUGGCAAUGCUGGUGGAUCUUCGUCGUCUAGCAGUAAUAAUCAUAGCAAUACUGCCAACAAUCGUAGAGGCAGUCAAGAUGCAAAUAAUAACGCAGCAUCAAUGUCGUCAACGCCCAACCACUUCAUAUACCAGGACGGAUCCAAUUCGCGUACCACGCCCAUAUUGACACAGCCGACCGCCCUUAAGCAACUUUUGAAUCAUCAGCACAGCACAAGCAAACAACAACAGCAAUCAAAUGAACAACGGAACUCAGUUAAUCCGAACACUUCGAGAGCCGUGUACAAUCUUCCGGUGACGAAUAAUAACUACGCUCAAUCCUUGCUGGGGCCUCAAUUCGAAGCGGGCUCGGCGAUGAAUUAUUUGAACAAAAAUCUACCAAUUCAUGUGAACAACCAGCCUGGAGGCAGUUCAACUAUUGCAGGGCUAGCUAUUAUUUCACCAAGGAAGGCACAUGCAUAUAUUCAAAAGGGAAACCCGCCACCUGGGUCUAAUCAACAACAAACUUUAGCUCCGUUUUCAAGGUCGAAGCUCGGAAUCAACCGAUCGCUUAGUGUGUUACAGCCGAACCCAAACCAUCAUGCGAGUAAUUUAAUGUAUUCUUCGGCGGGUAGCUCUUCUAAUGUGAACGCACAACAUAACAUGGAUCUGAACUCUGUUUAUGCUGCAUUUGAGAGAUCCAAUGGAACCCCAGUAAACAACACGCAUUCAAACGUGUUAAAAAAGACAUCCUACUCCCAGAAUGAUCUCACAAAUGUGGGAAAAGGACAACAGCAGCAACCAAGUAGGCAGAUUAGAGCAGAUAACAGCAACGAUGCCUUCGCGACACAGUGUCGACUGAAGCAGUAUAGAAGACCAAUCAGUGCCUCGAGUUUCGAGAAUGACGAGGACUACUCGGACACGCGACUGUUGGAAGGAUUUUCCAGUCACAACCAGUCGGCACUCUUAAUGGCAACGAUGACAGGGGACAAGUCAGAACAGGUGGUGGCCACCCCCUCUGUGCCUCCCAGGGGGGCCACGGGGGCAGAAUCGAAUGGGAAUGUGACUAUGUUUGAGAGAGUUCCAUCUGCCGCCAGGAAGUCAGAACCAGAGAGUUUGUCUUAUUCUUCCAAAUCAAAGGGAGGCAAGACUACAAAGAGAAAAGUGAAGAAAAAGAAGUCAACUGGAAGCAUAGGAGGACAAAACAGUAAAAACACGCCAAAUACUUCUCUGUACGCGACUGGAAAAAGCAGUGGGGACCACAGAACAAAAUUAAAGGAGAGUCACGACACCACAGCAGCAAUACAGCUCCUAAGCAGGGAGAACGGAGGGGGAGGGGGAGGGGGAGGGGGACAGAAUUAUAAGAAGUCCUCGAUCAAGAGUGCCUCGAGUAGCACUAACAACACUCCCACAGUUAAGAGACGCAAGAGCAGCAAGCGCUCAGCCAAUUCUGGUUCAACAGUGAGCGCCUGAAAACAAAAGAAGAUAUCAUCCUAGAGCCAACCAUUGAAAUGAAACUUGAAACUUAAAAAGUUGCUUCAAUUGCCCAAUUUUCCUUACCUUAGCUUUUAUUGUUUUCUUCUUCAUUAGACAGGAGUUGAUGAUGGAAUCACAAAUGUUGAUACAAAAAUCAAGAUGACAUAGGUUCUGACGACCAUCAAGUAAAUUCCUUGCUCUCCUGUUUAAUUAGUCAAGCCGUUGAGUAUAAACGGAGUUGAUGACGAAUCAACUUAAAACCCUACGUGUAGUUUGUUGUACUAAAAUGCUGUUUAUCUGCAGAUUGUUUGUUUGUAAAUAUCACCUGACUGUUAAAGUGGGUUGUACAUAUUUGAUGUAGAUAUAUGUGCUAUAUAUUAAUUUAGCCAGCCUCGAAUUUCUUUUCAA